GUGAACUGGUACAGUGGUUCUGUUGUUGUUAUAGCUGUCUGUAGCGAUCAAAUUUGCGACUCUUUAAAGCGUUCGCGGUCCGUUUAUUUUGCUGUAUGUAGGUUUCUUUGAGCUGCAGGCUCUCGGGUGGACCAGUCUGUCAGGUUGAGCCGGUUGCUGCGAUGGCGGAUCCCAACGACGUCAGUCUGCAGCCGGAGGAGCGGGUCCGCGCUCUGACCAAAAAGGGCAGCUCGGUGGAGGUCAACGAUGACGUGCCGCCGCGACGCUACUUCCGCUCCGGCAUGGAGAUAAUCCGGAUGGCCCACAUCUACACGGAGGAGGGCAACAUCGAGCACGCCUUCGUGCUUUACAAUAAAUACAUCACGCUUUUUAUUGAAAAACUUCCCAAACAUCGGGAUUACAAGACGGCAAAUAUUCCGGAGAAAAAGGACACAGUAAAGAAACUCAAGGAUGUGGCGUUUCCUCAAGCAGAGAUUCUUAAACAAGCUCUUUUAAAAAGAUUUGAACAAGAAUAUGCGCAGUAUCUGGUCAAAAAGAAGGCGGAGGAGGAGGCCUUGGCGCGGGAGCAGUCCAGGCAGCGGGCGCUGGACGCCGAGCGGGAGCGCGUGGCCCAGAUGCAGCGGCGGCAGCGGGAGCAGGAGCAGUUCAGUGCCUUCGAGGAGAUGAUCCGCCGCCAGGAGCUGGAGAAGGAGCGCCAGCAGGUGCUCCUGGAGUUUGCCACCCCGGCCACGCCUUCCACCGACACGCCCCUCAUUCCUGGCGUCCAGGGCCCGCCGGUGAUAUCCCCCAUAACCCCGCUGAGCCCCAGGGAUCUGCCUGGCGCCAACGACUAUCAGUACUCCCGUCCCGCCGCCACCCCAGGCACGCCGGCCACGGCCACACCCAGCUUUGACCGCUCGCUCAAACCCGGCUCUCUGGUCAGCCCAGGGAACAACAACACGAUGGUGGAUGCCGUCCGGCAGCUGGCCGUUCCUGCUGAGCUGUGCCGGAGCUUCCUGAGGCUGGCUGAGGCCAACACCAGCCGAGCUGUGGAAACCUGUGGCAUCCUGUGUGGAAAACUGACCAGAAACGCUUUUACCGUGACUCACGUCAUCGUCCCGAAGCAGUGCGGCGGGCCGGACUAUUGUGACACGGUAAACGAGGAGGAACUCUUCCUCAUCCAGGACCAGCACGACCUCAUCACCCUGGGAUGGAUACAUACUCACCCCACUCAGACGGCCUUCCUGUCCAGCGUCGACCUCCACACGCACUGCUCCUACCAGAUGAUGCUGCCCGAGGCCAUCGCCAUCGUCUGCUCACCGAAAUUCAACGAAAUCGGCUACUUCCGGCUAACCGACCGAGGAACAGAUGAGAUUUCUUCGUGUAAACAGAAGGGGUUCCACCCUCACAGCAAAGAGCCGCCUCUCUUCACGCACGCGGGACAUGUGAACAUCACCGACGACUCCGUGUGCAUGAUGGACCUGCGAUGAUCUCCUUCAAACCAAACACUCAAGGACUGUUUUAUCAAAGACAACCUGUUUUACUGGAAGAAAAGCAAAAAGCCAGAAACACUCAUUUUAUUUCCUGGACGGUACUGAGAAGAAGGCCGGCCACAUGUUUACCAUUUAAGUUGGAAAAAAACAAUUUUUCUGCUCUGUAGGAAGAGAAAUCCACACAUUAUUGCACUUUCCAAGUAAGAAACUACUAUCAGACUUGUGGACUUCUGAACCUCUGGUCUUUUCCACACCUCUCUUUUUCUUUCCUUUGCGUUUUUUAUUAUUAUUAUUAUUAAGUCUCUGCUCUGCUUUUCUCCUGGAGUCAUGUUUGUCAGUGACAGCUGACGGGAGAGAGUUUGGUUCUGCCUAACAGAUAAAGUGCCAAGGAUUUGGACAUUCAUACGUUGUUGAGUUGUUAUUUUUUUUUUUAUUUCCCACUGUGCAAGGCCCUGUGUGAAGCCAGGGUCCAAACUCUUCCGGGUUUUCGUUCCUCAGCGUUUGAAGCGCUCUAACUUAUGACCUGCAAGCUCAGCAGUAACUCAGGUACACAGGCACUGCUGCUGUUCCCGCCCUGCAUUUUAAUUUGCCUUUCUUCACCAAAUGAAACGUUUGCUUCUAAAAUGGUUUAUGACGGAACCAUCUUUUUAAUCGUUUCUUGGUGUUUUCAGAGAAACCGGGCACGUAGAGGUGCGGGUUUUGUCCAUGUGUCAGACUAGCCGUGUGCAACAGGUGAUUUUCUACAUCAUCAUAAAGCGGUGUGAACAUGUUUGGCCUCCUUACAGAUUCCUUCUGUUUUUGCUGCUUUUUUUUUUUUUUUUGCAAGUUUCAGAUCAUCAAACUAAUUUUAAUAUUGGACUAAGAUAACUUGAAAUACAAAAACCGGUUUUCAGUUUAUUUCAGACAUUAAAAGCUGAAAAUCUGUCCAAACUGAACUGGCUCUAUAGGGGGAAAAGUAAUUGCCCCCCAUGUUAAGUAAUGAAUUUAUUAGAAAUCUGAGCUCAGUUUCACAAGCCUGAUUAUAACCUGACCUACAGAUAUAGUAAAUAAUUCAAACAGAGCCUCUCUGAUGACUAAAAUUUUUCAAAAAGCUAAACAUCUGCUUAGAAAAAAAAAACUAAAACGGUUGAAAAACAAAUUCCUUAACAUCUAUCAGUCUGGAAAGAUUUACAAAGCCAUUUCUUAGACGUCAGUGAGUCAAUAAAAAAAAAACAAUGGUCACCUUCCCAGGAGAAGUCUGUCACUGAAAAUUACCAGGAGCUCAUCUGCGCUUCAACCAGGAGGUCGCGUAAAUCACAAGAACACCUAAAGCACUCGCUUUCCUCAGAUCAGGUCAGAAUUCAUGAUUCAUAUGCCAACAUUACAGCUGAGCUGACCCAAAAGAACCUCAAAGGUUAGUUUCUGUAUUACCAAAAAAGUAACACCUUGAUGAUCUGCAAGAAAGAAAAUAUUUUGUGGGCAGACGAGACAAAGGGGGGGGGGGCUCCUUUUUGGAAGGUGUGGGUCGUGUUAAAACUCGUUAAAACCAACAAGAGUUCAGAAACCGAACAUCAGACAGUCAAAUGUGGUUCAGAGAUAAUCUGGGGCCGCUUUGGUUCCUCAAGACGAUUUGUCCUGAUUAAAAUCAUAAAUUUUGCUCUACCAGAACAUCCUGCAGGAGAAAGUCCAGCCGUAAGUACAGAACCUGAAGCCCAAGCACGCUUUGGUUCUGCAGCUGGACAGCGAUCCAAAGCACAGCAGCAAGGCCACCUCUGAAUGACGCAAAAAUCAAAGUCUUGCAGUGGUCUAGAUCAUUUCAGAUGCUGCAGUAUGACUUUAAACAUGACUAAAUAAAACAUUUGAGCAAAAGGCGGAUGGGUCAGAAUUGCUCCACAGUGAUGCUAAAGAUUGCCUGUCGCUGCAAACUCCUGGUGUCUGGUGUUGCUCUUAAGGGCGUUAGCUUAGGGUCCGCUGCUUUCCCCAUAGUGCCAAGUUGGUUUGGAUAGCUUUUGCCUCCCAAUGAAUGAAAUAAUCAUUUGAAAACUGCUUUUUGUACUUAUUUGGGUUAUAUUUGUCCAACAUGUGACAAAAAAAGAGCAAAAACAGUAGAAAUCCCCCCAACACUAAGCAUUACUAACUGGGUGUUCAUGGUUAAUGCUUCUCCAUGUUUAAUUUCUCCUUUCUCUUGUAGCCAUAACUAUCACUUAUAUGCCAAGAAAGAAAAUAAACUUGUGGAUGAA